GGAAAAAGAUACCCAAAAGCGUUUCGCAAAUCUCUCUGCGAGUCCGUACCAGUCGAUUUCCUUCGAUUCCGGUCAGUCGGCGGAGUCAGAUUGCAGUCACAAGGACACUGUAUAGUCCAUCAUUCAUUCUCUCAGUCUGCAAAAGUUUUUUAGCUACAAAUCUGAACCUGAUAGUCGCUAUUCUUAUCGUUGAGUGUUUCGUUGGCCAGCCGACUUUUUGUCAAACCGGAGAGGCGUUUUUCUGAAGGCGAUCGUUUGUGCUUCACAGGAUCGAUGGACCAAGGCGAAACUGUUUCCGAUUUUGCUCCAAAGAAAUUGGCGAGGCAGUUGGAUUUCACGGCAGCUUGCCGAGCGUCGGCGAAUGCGAUGCUGACCGAGAAAUCGAAAUUGCAGUCGUCGCCGAAGAGCUCAAUUUUGGAGUCACCGCAGCUGCAGUUGGGUUUAGGAUUUCCCUCGGUCAUGCAGCAGCCACAGUCUCCACAGGUGCAGCCGCCGCCACAAAGACAUUCUCCAUUGCAAAAACAGUUACAGUCGCAGAAGCAUCAGCCGGAGUCCCCGUUGCAGAUGCGUUCUCCAAUGCACGCAAUACCGAAGCUUCAAGUGCGACCACAGCAGUCACAGAUUGCACAUCGCGUGCCUCACCCCGUGCAUAAGCUCGUGCCAGCAUUUCAGGCCGCGAAGCAAGAAUCGCCUAGACGACUGCGGGGUGACAUUGAUGGAAAAGAUGGUACCCCUAAGAAACCAAAGCAAUGUAAUUGUAAAAAUUCACGGUGCUUGAAACUGUAUUGCGAGUGCUUUGCUACUGGAGUUUAUUGUGAUAACUGCAAUUGCAUAAGCUGCCAAAAUAAUGUGGAUAAUGAGAGUGCAAGGCAAGAAGCUAUUGGAGCAGUCUUAGAGCGCAAUCCAAAUGCUUUCAGACCAAAAAUUGCCAACAGUCCACAUGGAUCUUGGGAUGCUAGGGAAGAAGCUGGGGAAGUUCAAUUGGUGGGAAAGCACAAUAAAGGAUGUCACUGCAAGAAAUCUGGUUGUCUCAAGAAGUAUUGUGAGUGCUACCAAGCUAAUAUUCUUUGCUCUGAAAACUGUAAGUGUAUGGAUUGCAAAAACUUUGAAGGAAGUGAAGAAAGACAGUCUCUAUUUCGUGGAGAUCCCAAUGCCAUGGCCAACAUGCAACAGGCUGCCAAUGCAGCCAUCAGUGGGGCCAUUGGGUCAUCCGGCUAUGGCAUUUCUGUUGUUUCCAAGAAAAGAAAAGGCGAGGAAAUGUUGAGCAUGGGAUCCAAAGAUCUAUCAAUUCAUACCACUCUACAAUUUCAACAGGAAACUUUUCAAAAAAGUUCCAAAGCCUCCUCUUCCAUUAUCUCUGUCCCUGUUUCUCAAAGGACUAAUGGAUCUGUUUUAAGAUCCUCAAAGCCCACAUACAGAUCUCCACUGGCGGGUGUCCUUCAACCUCAGGACAUGAAGGAGCUAUGCUCAGUCUUGGUCAUAGUUUCAGAAGAAGCUAGAAAGGCGCUUUCAGAAAAAAGAGGAAAAAUGGAUGAGAAAACCGAGGGACAACAAAGUACCCAUACCUUUUCUGCUUCACCUAUUCAAGAGAGUGAAGAUAGUGUAAAAGGACAUGGUGUUCACAAAACUUUGCCAGAUAACCGUUUGAGUGGGGACCAAGCAGCUAGAGAAAAAUGCAGCGAUGGUGGAACAGAUGAAGGUGAUCUGAAAAAUAAAAAGCCAAUGUCCCCUGGAACACUUGCAUUGAUGUGUGAUGAACCUGAUACAAUCUUUAUGAGGGCGGCAUCACCUACUAUGGUAGCAGAACAUUGUCAAAACAGGACUCAGAAGUUAUAUAAUGGACAUGAGAGCUCGGAGGUUUAUGCAGAGCAGGAAAGGCUCAUCCUAACCAGGUUCCGGGAUCUUCUCAAUCGACUGAUUAUUUUUGGGAGCAUAAAAGAAACAUGUUCCCCAGUCUCCCAAAAAGGAUCAGGGAGCCAGCAAGAAUCCAUGGAGAGAAGCACUAUAAAAGCAGAAACUGUUGCAGAAAAUCACAAGGAGGCUUGCAGCUAUGGCAUUGCAAACUCCCCUCCAGCUACGACUGCCGAAAAUGUAUGAAACAUUGACUCUUAUCACUUCCGCCUUCAAUAAUUAUAUUCUAUGGAAGUUACAAUACCUGUUUGUUCCCAUUGGAGAGAUUAGAACCAAUACUAAGAGUGGCAAUUAGGGCGAAACUGGUAGGGUGAUGUCAAACUGUGGCUUGUGAUUCAUCCCCUCUUCUCGAUGAGGCUUCAAGCUAGAGCCCUACUAAAUACCGAGAAAUGUUCUUGUAGGAAUGAAAUAAUACUAGCUGAAUCUCAUGUGAUUACGAUGUUUGCAGCAACUACAUAUUUAUGAAAGUGUUAUUUGGAUUUCGGGAUG